CCUGCUCAGUCUUGCACAGGUGUACCGGCUCCUCCCCUCCAGUCUUCCGGCUCCUCCCUCCAGUCUUGCACAGGGUGUACCGGCUCCUCCCCUUCAGUCCUGCGCAGGUGUACCCGGCUCCUCCCUUUCAGUCUUGCACAGGUGUACCGGCUCCUCCCCUCAGUCUGGCACAGGUGUACCGACUCCUCCCCUUCAGUCUGGCACAGGUGUAACCAGCUCCUCCCCUGGACAGGAAUGGCUUCCUCUGAUUUGACUGCACACUCCCCGCCCAGUCUGAUCAGCGGCUUCCUCCACCCGCCUCCUUCA